AUGGACACCCCGGACAGUAUGGACACCCCGGGCAGUAUGGACACCCCGGACAGUAUGGACACCCCGGACAGUAUGGACACCCCGGGCAGUAUGGACACUCCGGACAGUAUGGACACCCCGGACAGUAUGGACACCCCGGACAGUAUGGACACCCCGGGCAGUAUGGACACUCCGGACAGUAUGGACACCCCGGGUAGUAUGGACACCCCGGGUAGUAUGGACACCCCGGGCAGUAUGGACACCCCGGGUAGUAUGGACACCCCGGGCAGUAUGGACACCCCGGACAGUAUGGACACCCCGGACAGUAUGGACACCCCGGGCAGUAUGGACACCCCGGGCAGUAUGGACACCCCGGGCAGUAUGGACACCCCGGGCAGUAUAGACACCCCGGGCAGUAUGGACACCCCGGGCAGUAUUGACACCCCGGGCAGUAUGGACACCCCGGGCAGUAUGGACACCCCGGGCAGUAUGGACACCCCGGGCAGUAUGGACACCCCGGGCAGUAUGGACACCCCGGGCAGUAUGGACACCCCGGACAGUAUAGACACCCCGGACAGUAUGGACACCCCGGGCAGUAUGGACACCCCGGGCAGUAUGGACACCCCGGACAGUAUAGACACCCCGGACAGUAUGGACACCCCGGGCAGUAUGGACACCCCGGGCAGUAUGGACACCCCGGACAGUAUAGACACCCCGGACAGUAUGGACACUCCGGACAGUAUGGACACCCCGGGCAGUAUGGACACCCCGGGCAGUAUGGACACCCCGGGCAGUACGGACACCCUGGGCAGUAUGGACACCCCGGGCAGUAUGGACACCCCGGACAGUAUGGACACCCCGGGCAGUAUGGACACCCCGGGCAGUACGGACACUCCGGACAGUAUGGACACCCCGGGCUGUACGGACACCCCGGGCAGUACGGACACUCCGGACAGUACGGACACGCCGGGCAGUACGGACACCCCGGGCAGUACGGACACUCCGGACAGUACGGACACCCCGGGCAGUAUGGACACCCCGGGCAGUACGGACACUCCGGACAGUACGGGAAACAUUUGCAUUCCUAAGGUGUCCAUAUGA